CAAUCACACAGCUUUGUAUGUACAGUAUUUGAAGUGUUGUACAUCACAUCCAAUAUGUUUGCUCCAAAACUGAACAAAGAUACACGUCCGCUCGGUUCAAUCUAUGUCGGAAUGUCAUUGGAUGGGUACAUCGCACGCAAGGAUGGCGGCAUCGAUUUUCUGGAUAAAUUCACUCAGAAGACACCCAAAGGAGAAGACUGCGGCUACGCAGCAUUCUCCGCUACAUAUGAUGUGAUUGUCAUGGGGAGAAACGCGUUUGAGAAGGUUUUAUCCUUUGGCUUCUGGCCAUACGACGGUAAGAAGUGCAUUGUGCUGUCACGCAAUCCCAUGACCUUCACACAGCACCCCCAAGUGCCCGCAGACACCGAACACUCCAGCGAAGAGCCCGAAGUCCUCAUGGCUCGACUCGGUAACCAUGGUUACAAGCGAGUAUAUAUAGACGGUGGUGUCACCGCACAGCGUUUCCUGCGUGCGGGGCAGGUGGACGACCUUUGCGUCUCCACACUGCCGGUGAUAAUAGGCGAAGGUCUGCCGCUGUUUGGUUUUGUGCCAAAGAACGUGUGGCUGGAGUUGCGGAGCUCAACGUGCUACCCGCACGGAUUGGUCCAGACGACUUACAAGGUCAUCAAGGAGUAGGUCCUGCCAGGCUACCUACCAAGGAGUAGAUAUUGCUCCUCACACGGGUGCUGCUUUUGUGUAGACUCAGGGUUUACUUCAGCCACCAAUCUCAGUGUCCGCUGUACGGCGACUACACCUAUGGCUUGUAUGGUGGAUGGGCUAAACCUAGCAUGGGCCUCCUUAUGGGCACCACAGAUGUCUUCGACAUACGGCGUGUGGGAGUUCACCCACAACUCACCAUGCGCCUGUGAGUGCUAUUGCGAUGCACAAGCCACUUCACACCUUGUCCCAUCUGUAUGUGGCUCUGCUCUCAUGUGUACGUCGCUGUAUUCAAACACCACGGUACACAACCAGCAGACGCGCAUAAUAGGCGGGUAGGGCUGAAUGCUGUGAGUGAACCAGAGUCAAUCGAAUGCAUCCGAGAUAUUUGGUAUUUCACCAGUACACGAUCAAAUCAUCAUGAAUUGCGAGGGCUUUCUACGGCGUAGUGUGCUGACCCUAAAGUCUGCUUUCAUAUCUCAGACCACGGUCAAGAUUCCGCAGUACAUUUAAUCCAGAAGAAGCUAGUACGGUUGUUGUUAGUAGGUAAGAUUCUUUUGGAUUAUUUAUCCGUCAACAGCUGACGACAGUAAGUCAAAGCUAGUGCAGCGAAUGGGGUUUAACUCACGACCCCAGAGUUCGGAAUGAGCAGGCUGUAUGCCUCUUUAAUUUUAUAGACACACUUGGUGGAUGUGAUUGUGUGUGUCAAGGAUAAUGUGACUGGCUUUCGUUCAACGACAUUAGCAAAGACCUUUUCUGUCAGCGAGAAAUCUAUGUCAAACGUACAGAUUGGCAAAACACAUGGGCUGGGACACCAUUAAACAUAUUAAACAUUGAAGGC